AUGCCACCUAAAUGGCAUGUGAACACCUAUGGGAACAAAAAGGGCUCGAUCCCCGCCAUCACCGGCGACAUUGACCACACCAAAGCGCUCCGGGUGUUCCCGGAACUGCUUCUCCCGUACAAGUCCACCAUCUUGGCCUACCUGACGUCGUUUCUCUCCACAACGAUAGGGUUCCCGUUUGACACGGUCAAGACCAGAAUGCAGACGUACAAACGUUUCAGCACGUACCUGGACUGCGUGCUUUCGACCUUGAGGAACGAGGAUGUGACCAUCUUCACUACCAGCAAACCGUACUGCUACGAGGCGCUUUACGGAUGGCGAAACGACGACUACGUGGGUCACCCGUUUGUUCGUAAUUUCCCCGUUUGCUUUGCUGCCGGUGCUGCUGCUGGUUGUGGUGUAUCCAUCUUUGCUUGUCCGUUUGAGUUCACCAAGGUCUACUCACAAAUUGCUACUUUGGCGCUGAAACAGGCCACAGAAACUGCCGUGGCUCGAGCUGCGUCGCCCCACGUGGGAACAUUCGAAACUUUCAAGACAAUUGUCAAGCACGAGGGCUUUAUGGGGUUGUACUCCGGUUACAGGUACCAUUUGGCUAGAGACGCCUUGGGCUCGGGUGUGUACUUUGCCGUGUACGAGUCGAUCAAAUGGGCCACUAAUGCUUUAAUUAAUUCUGACCCGCUGCAGUCGUCGCCAGUUUCUAUCAUGAUCGCCGGAGGAAUGUCUGGUGUGCUUUGUUGGUCUGCAGUAUUCCCAUUUGACACCACCAAGUCGUUGAUCCAAAAAGACAUUGUCACUAAUAUCUUGCGCAAGCAGGGAGGCGCCGAGUCGUUGCCCACGAAAUCCAGGAAAAUCGUGUUUGGCACCCGUAUUUAUAGAGGCUUGGGCAUCUCCAUGCUCCGUUCCUUCCUUGUAAAUAUGGUGUUUUUCACCACCUACGAGUUUGGCAUGAAACAUUUAGCAUAG